AUGCAGCAAGUAUUGGGAGGAAGUGGAUGCUGUAGCCUUGAAGAUGGUCAUGAUGAACAUGUUGUAGUGGUUAAAGGCACUACGAGUAGUGCAACAGCGAGGACUCCAGUAUUAAGCAGUGCACGCAGUAUGGCUGCGGACAAAGAAGGUCCUGAAGGAAGCAGACCCUCCACAAUUACUAGAAAGACUACCAAGUCUUCCUCACGUGACGGAGCACGUAUGGCUGCAUUUCAGAACGUGGUUAUGCGGUUCGAGGCUAAGCUAUUGCAUAGCUCAGAAGCCGAUAAAAUCAGGACAUUUGUUCUAGCAUUUUACGUCUCCGACAAUACACUUAGCGUCUUUGAACGGCGGAAGCAGAAUAGUGGCUUUCUAGGCGGGAUCUUUAUCCAGCGGGGACCACUGAAAAACGCGAAGAAAGGAGGACGAAAGUACUGAAUUUUCAUUACAAUCAUGUUUUUGAUGAACAAUCGUUCAAAGUCAAACAAGCUGUCUUUGUGCAUGUCACCUACAGCAAGCUAUGGCUUUUUAGCAGCCUGUAGCUGUAUCUUCAACUCCAUAUUAUUUCACUUCAGUUUCCGUCCUUCUGAUCUUUACGUCGGUUGCCGGCUAAAGCUGAUUGCACACGAGUUCUACCUAACCAAAGCGGACGAGUACACGCUGCGCUUUAUGCAGGCUCACGCGAAGACGUUCCCCUUCGCCUCAUUGACCCACAUCGUCGAUCGAAGAAUCAAGCAGCUGCUUGUCAAAGACGAGGAUAGUCCAGUGCAUUUCGCCACUGGAGAGGAAUGCUGGCAAUACUGCAAGGAGAAAUUUGGAGUGGAUCUCAAUUCGCACGAGUUGCUGACUUUGGUACUUCUUAAAGGUAGUUUAGUCAAAUUCACGAAACAGUUAUUUUUGAAUUUCAGAUUUUGAAAUUCAAAUUCGAAAUUUGAAUUUUUGAAUUUCAAAUUUUCAAAUUCAAGAAGAAAUCCAAGAAAUUUUGAUUUUAUCUACUUUUAAUUCAAAUUCAUUCCCAGAUGAGGGCAAGUGCAGAAUAUCCAGGAGACACCAGAAUAUGCCUGAAACGAGUUGAGCAGGUCAGAGAUGGAUUGUGGCAGCAAAGGACGUACAGCCAGGGAGAAGAUUUACUCGAUCCCCCUAGUGAUUUUGAAGAAGAAUAG